AUUGUCAACCAAUUUACCGACCUACUCAAAAUAAUAAACAAAUGUUACUCAAGAACAAUUAAUUCAACAAAAUUCAAAUUAUGGCCCAGAAUGGAAGAAAUUUGCCCGAAAGUACCCAAAAUACCGAUAAUAAGGUCAAUUACUCUAAAGUCAUAAUCAUAGGGGGUGGAAUGGCCGGACUAAGUGCCGCCUAUCAUUUCACCAAGAAUAAUUUUACAGAUUUUAAAGUUCUUGAGGCAAGGGGCAGAUUGGGGGGUCGAAUUGUUCAAAUCCCCAUUGGCAACGAAAGAGUAGAAUUGGGAGCGAACUGGAUACACGGUGUACUAGGAAAUCCGGUCUAUGAAUUGGCUAUGCAACAUGGAUUAGUUGACAUUAUGGCUGUACCAAAACCACACAAGGUUGUGGCUGCCACAGAACAAGGAAAGCAAGUUUCAUUUGCCAUGUUACAAGAAAUAUAUGAAGCUUACCUCUGCUUCUUAAAAAGAUGUGAGGAAUAUUUUAUAUCUCAGUAUGAACCCCCUGAUGGAAUAGACAGUGUAGGGGAUCAUAUUAAACUUGAAAUUAGUUUGUACUUAGAUAAGGUGCAGGACCCUGUUGAGAGACAUUUAAAAGAACUUCUAUUUGACUGCCUUCUGAAGAGGGAAACCUGCAUCUCUGGCUGUGACAAUAUGAAUGAAAUUGACCUUUUAGAAAUCGGUAGUUAUACUGAACUGCAAGGUGGCAAUAUCACCUUACCCAGAGGAUACAGUUCCAUUUUAGAACCGUUAGAAAAAGCUAUACCAAAGAAUAAUAUCGUUAGGCGACACCCUGUUAAACUUAUCAAGUGGAAUUGUAAAAAAAAGGGACACAGAACGCAAAAAGGGGAAAAUGAUUCAGGCUCAGAUUCGGAUGACUCAGAUCGAACAGUUAUAGAGGAUCCCGGGAGUGACCGUGAUAGCAGAGAAACCUCUGAAGAAAGAAUGUUACCACUGCCACAUAGUGUGGAAGUAAUUUGUGAAAAUAACAAAAGAUAUUACGGAGAGCAUGUGAUAUGUACAGUACCUUUAGGUGUAUUAAAACAUAAAGCAAAUACAUUAUUCAAACCACCUUUACCUGAUUAUAAGUUGGAAGCCAUUGACAGGUUGCUCUUUGGAACUGUUGACAAGAUUCUGCUGGAAUAUGAAAGACCAUUUUUAAAUCCGAGCAUCACAGAAGUUUUACUACUUUGGGAAGACGACGGUGGCAGCGAAAUAAGCAAAAACUGGUUCCGGAAAAUAUACUCGUUCAGUAAAAUAACCGAUACGUUAAUCUUGGGAUGGAUAUCUGGCAAAGAAGCGGAGUAUAUGGAAACCUUGGAUAACGAGACUGUGAUAGAAACUUGUACUUUUGUCCUAAGAAAGUUUUUAAAUGACCCAUUUAUUCCUAAACCUAAGAGCUGUGUGUGUACCAGUUGGCACAGGCAAGAGUAUACUAGGGGCUCCUAUACUGCUAUAGCAGUAGGGGCCUCACAGAUAGACAUAGAAUGUCUAGCGCAGCCUUUGUACCUUGAUGAAAGUGAAUCCAAACCUGUUGUACUAUUUGCUGGCGAACACACGCACAGUAAUUUCUAUUCAACAGUUCACGGAGCCUAUUUGACUGGUCGGACGGUAGCACAACUUAUUUUAAAUAGUGAUACACCUCAAGAAAUAGUGGUAAAUUGUGAGAACGAAACCGAUUUGAGCUCUUGGAUACAAGGUAUCAACUUAGGAUAGGUUUUAAUUUAAAAAUGAGGCUUUUUAUGAAACCAUAAACGAUCAGCAGUAUUUUUUAUCCGGAGUAGAACGUAGCCAAUGAUCAAAUACUGAGUCAUUUAUUUGAUCCCUUUCGGUCUUAAACAAAUAGAUUUUUUAUCAUCUCCUCAAUGGUGAGUUUUAAACGUAGCCAUUAGUCCACGAAAUGGCGAGUAUUUCGUGAUGAUAUUGUGAUUUUUAAAUAUUGUUAUGUAUUUUAAACGUUAUAUUAUUUUAAUUAUUUAUAAUAA